UCUCCCUCCGGCCAGACAACACGACAACCCCCGGACGUUUGCAUACAACCAGAGUCCUUCCUCCCCCACCGCGAGCAGCAGCGGGAGGGGACUGCUGGCUGAUGCAUCUAUGCUCUCUGCCCAUGCUCAUCCUUCCUCUGCUCCAUUGCACUUCCCAAUGUCGCCAGGAACAUCCAUAUCUCGCUCACAGCCGAUUCGCAAACAUGAAUCCCGAAUACGACUACCUCUUCAAGCUUCUCCUGAUUGGCGAUUCUGGUGUCGGAAAGUCCUGCCUUCUCCUCCGAUUCGCUGACGAUACUUACACCGAGAGCUACAUCAGCACCAUCGGCGUCGACUUUAAAAUUCGCACUAUUGAGCUCGAGGGCAAGACCGUCAAGCUUCAGAUCUGGGAUACCGCCGGCCAGGAGCGUUUCCGAACCAUCACCUCGAGCUACUACCGUGGCGCUCACGGAAUCAUUGUCGUGUACGAUGUUACGGAUCAAGACACCUACAACAACGUCAAGCAGUGGCUGCAGGAGAUUGACCGAUACGCCAACGAGGGCGUCAACAAGCUUCUGGUUGGAAACAAGAGCGAUCUGACCACAAAAAAAGUCGUCGACUACAACGCUGCUAAAGAGUUUGCCGACCAACUUGGCAUCCCGCUGCUGGAGACAUCGGCCAAGAACGCCACCAACGUCGAGCAGGCUUUCCUGACCAUGGCCAAGCAGAUCAAGGACCGCAUGGCCACCACUCAGACCUCGCAGCCAUCUCAAAAGGUCACCCUCCAGCCCGGAGCCGGCCAGAACGUUCCUGCUCAGUCCGGAGGCUGCUGUUAAAUACACUCAUCAUGCGGGCCGCUCCCAUGGACAUCAUGGAUGGGGGCAGUUCGCCCUUUCCACAAUCCUCGGACCCAAAGGAGGUUUCGAUGCAUCGCGAAUCGAAGCCGUUGUCCUGCGUUCGGCAUUGUUGAAGCCCCACAACCCGCGAGGAUGUAUACAAGGUUGCCAAGUCCUCCCCACCCCUUCCUCCCAUCCCCUCUCUCCGCCUUCCCCGCAUCGUCAUGGCUGAAUGGUUCUCAUGAUUCGAUCCCAAUACAACCGUAAAUGCA